AUGAAAUUAAACAAAAAGCUUAUAAAUUAUUGUGUUUUCUUUUUUAUAUUGGGUGUAUAUAUAGUUUUAGGUGAUAGUGGUAUAUGUGAAGUAAGGUCAAGUGUGGGGUUAGGUGGGAAAUGCAAAUUUUAUGAUUUCAAAUGUGACUAUACAAUGUUUUGCAACUCUAAAAAUAAAUGUCAACAGCAAUUAGAACUGGGGGGAAAAUGUAAAAAGGACAGUCAGUGUUAUGGUAACUAUGGUUUUAAAUUAUCUGUGGGUAAUAUGUGUCAGUUAGAACUAAAAAACGGUGAAAAGUGUGGAAUGGAUCAUACAUUUUGCACAAAUGGUACUGUUUGUAUUAAUGGUUUUUGUAAAUUGAAAUGUGGAUGUAAAUCAGAUUCAGAGUGUCCCUUUAACCAAUAA